AACUUCUGCACCUUCAAGCUAGGUCGUUAGCUCAGGCUCCCGUCUCCACACACCUGCUCGACCUGCAUUCACACACGAGCACGUGCUGGAUAGCACGUUGAUAAGCAACCAUCCCACAUCCGGGAAAAGGGGUACGAGACUCGGCGGCUUGGCUUACAAGAGAUCGGGCCAAGAUGUUGAUGCCGAAUUGAUGGAUCCCAGAUCCGGGAUCAGCCAUCUGAGUGAAACCCCUCGGGACAUCGGAGUGCUUUCGGCAAACAACAGCAGCAGCCAUUACUCUAUGCCUGUGCCUCACUUCGACUCUUGAUCACCGCAUCAUAUCUUGUACGCUCCAACAAUGGCGACCGUCGAGCUCCCCGAACCUUUUGCGAGCAUCCCGCGCGAGAUCCUCACCUUCGGCCCGUCCCCAAUCCAGCACCUUCCCCGCAUCUCGCAAGCCCUCGGCGGCAAGGUCAAUGUCUACGCCAAACGCGAGGACUGCAAUUCGGGCCUCGCCUACGGAGGCAACAAGACGCGCAAGCUGGAAUACCUCCUCCCCGAUGCCCUCGCCCAAGGCUGCGAUACGCUCGUCAGCAUCGGGGGCGUGCAGUCGAACCACACGCGGCAAGUGGCGGCGGCGGCGGCCAAGGUCGGGCUCGAGGUCGCCCUCGUGCAGGAGCACUGGGUCGACUGGGAGGACCCGGGCUACACCAAGGUCGGCAACAUCCAGCUCUCGCGGCUGAUGGGCGCCGACGUGCGGCUGGACCCGUCCGGCUUCGGCAUCGAGCACAAGCCGACGCUGGCGCGGCUCAAGGAGGAGCUCGCCGCCAAGGGCCGCCGGCCGUACUACAUCCCCGCGGGGGCGUCGGACCACCCGCUCGGCGGCCUGGGCUUCGCGCGGUGGGCGUUCGAGGUGGCCAUGCAGGAGCGCGAGAUGGGCGUCUUCUUCGACACCGUGAUCGUGUGCGCCGUCACCGGGUCGACCAUGGCCGGCAUGGUGGGCGGGUUCAAGCUGCUCGAGAAGAAGAUGGGCGCCAGGAAGAGGAAGGUGGUGGGCAUCGACGCGUCGGCCAAGGUGCGGCAGACGUUCGAGCAGGUGCUGCGGAUCGCCAAGCAGACGGCGGCGAGGAUCGGGCUGGACGAGAGCGACGUGUCCGAGGAGGACAUCGUGCUAGACGAUAGGUAUCACGCCGGCACGUACGGGAUUCCGGACGAGCGGACCAUCGAGGCGAUCAAGUUCGGCGCCCGGACGGAGGCCUUCAUCACCGAUCCCGUGUACGAGGGUAAGAGCCUGGCCGGGAUGAUCGACAUGAUCAGGAAGGGUGAGAUCGCCGAGGGGAGCAAUGUGCUCUACGCGCACCUCGGAGGCCAGCUUGCCUUGAACGCCUACUCGGCUCUGGAGUAGAUGCCUUCUUUCUUGGUUAAGGAAGCACGACCAUCAUGGCAGGUGUUGUUCUCUCUGCCUCCAAGUUGCACUCCGAGUCCAACGGAGAAGAUUCACUCGAAUCCGCCUUCUCCUUACUCUGUCUAAGGUAGCUAGCUAUUCAGGGGAAUCAACAAAAACUCGCCACAGCUACCUAAGUAUGUACAUACAUACAGUACAUACUAUACGUCGUGCAACAGAUUUACAAGCGAAUUAGCCGCAGCUACAGCUUCGGCAUAACGGCCGCGCCCGACCCCGCUCCCUUC